GAUAUUUAAGAAAAAUAAUCAAAAUCAAGAUUUUAUUUUUUCUUUCUUAAAAAAUAAAACUUUCUCUUAGACUUUGGGCUUAGAAGAAAGAUUAGACACUCUGUCUUAUGUAUCAGACACACUCUCUCUCUCUCUCUCAACGACCAAUUCUUGAAAAGCCACCACCUUUAAUUCUUCACAAUGCUUUAUCACUCUCUCUUCUUCAUCAUCAUCACUUUCACCAACCUCAUUCUCCCUUCACUUUCCUUCCUCACUUCACAAAACCUCACACUCUUUGGUGAUGCUUCUUUCACCGACAACUCCAUUACUCUCACCAAACAACUCACUUGUCUUUCUUCUUCUUCUUCUUUUGGAAGAGCUUUUUACCUCUACCCUGUUCGUUUUCUUGACCCUUUAACAAACUCAACACCUUCUUUCUCAUGUCGUUUCUCUUUCUCCAUUCUCUCUUCACCUUCUUGCCCUUCUUCUUCUGGUGAUGGCAUUGCCUUUCUCAUUUCAUCAACCACUCGUUUCUCAUCUCUCUCUCGUAAUGGUUACAUGGGUCUUCCUUCUGAUAACCAAGAAGAAUCUUCUUAUUUCGCUGUCGAAUUCGACACCAGUUUUGAUCCUUCUCUUGGUGACAUUAAUGGAAACCAUAUUGGUAUUGAUCUUAGCAAUGUUGUUUCUUUUGCUUCUGUUGAUGCUCUUUCACGUGGAGUUGAUUUGAAAAGUGGCAAAAUUAUCACUGCAUGGAUAGAGUAUAGAGAUGAUAUGAAAAUGGUUCGUGUUUGGGUUGGUUACUCUUCAACUAGGCCUCCAACUCCGAUUCUUGCUUCACUUGUUGAUCUUUCUGAGAGAUUCAAAGAGUUUAUGCAUGUUGGUUUCUCUGCCUCUAAUGGCCAGGGUUCAAGUUUUCACCUUGUUCAUCAUUGGAAGUUCAAAACUUUGAGUUACUCUCAUUCUGUUAGUCCUAUGGAUAUGAUAGAAGAAGGUGAUUGUUUCUUGUGUUAUGGUGAUGAUUCAAUAGGUUCCAAGAAAAAAGGUAAAAUUUUUAGAAGGAAAAAGAUUGGUGAAAUUGCUCUUGGAAUAGGUGGAGUGACAGCUUUUGUUGUUUCAGCAUUAGCAGCAGCUGUUGUGAUAUGUGUUUUCUUGAGAAGGAAAAAGGGUUUUGUUAGAAAGAUUAAAGAAGGUCAAAGUUGUAGAUUUCAGACAAAUAAAGUUCCAAUGAGGUUAUCACUUUCAGAGAUUACAUCAGCUACAAUGGGUUUUAACAAAGAUAUGCUUGUUGGUGAAGGUGCAUCAGCAAAAGUUUAUAAAGGGUCACUUCCACUUGGAGGUGAUGUUGCUGUGAAGAGGUUUGAGAAAGUUGAUGAUUUGGAUUGUUUACACAACCCUUUUGCAACUGAAUUUGCCACAAUGGUAGGUUGCUUGCGGCACAAGAAUCUAGUUCAGCUUAAAGGAUGGUGUUGUGAAGGGAAUGAAUUGGUUUUGGUUUAUGAGUACUUACCAAAUGGAAGUCUUGAUAAAGUUCUACAUAGAAACUUAACUUCUUCAAUUGUUCUUUCAUGGAAGCAAAGGGUUAACAUAAUUCUAGGUGUCGCUGCGGCUCUUACUUAUCUUCAUGAAGAGUGUGAGAGACAAAUCAUUCAUAGAGAUGUAAAGACAUGUAACGUAAUGCUUGAUGCUGAUUUCAAUGCAAAGCUAGGUGAUUUUGGACUAGCAGAAGUGUAUGAACAUAGUUCUAGUACAAGGGAUGCUACUAUACCGGCGGGAACAAUGGGAUAUCUAGCACCUGAGUAUGUUUAUUCGGGCGUUCCUACGGUGAAGACCGACGUGUAUAGUUUCGGUGUGGUGGUGAUUGAAGUAGCAACUGGGAGGAAACCUGUUGGAGAGGAUGGAACUGUGGUUGGUGAUUAUGUUUGGAACUUGUGGGAGAAAAACAGAAUCAUUGAAGCUGCUGAUAGAAAAUUGAUGGGGAAGUUUGAUGUAGUUGAAAUGGAAAGAAUGUUAUUGGUAGGGCUUGUUUGUGUGCAUCCUGAUUAUGAAAAGAGGCCUAGAGUGAGAGAUGCAGCUAGAAUGAUUAAGAAAGAAGCACCACUUCCUUUGUUGCCACAAAGUAAACCAAGGGUGAGGAUUAGGCCUGUUUGUCCUAAUGAUACACCUGAAACACAAAAUGUUGUUGGUGAUUGGCUUAGUGCUGAUGAGGCUCCUUAUUUGACUCCUAGGAGCCAGUUUUAUUAGGAAUUUUGUUGUUGUGUAUAUUUGAAGUCAAGGUUAUUUUUUAGAUUCUUGGUUUUUUUGUGAGAAAAUUGUGUUAAGGAAUUAGUAAUAGGCAAUUGGAUCUUUGUAAUGCUUUUUAGGCCAUGAGAAGAAGUUCUUGUUUUCUUGUGUUUAAUAAUAAUAUCCAAUUGAAGUUGGUAACCAAGUUUUUUUGGUUUC